UUUCAUUGAUUCAUUCCGAAAAUCGAAAUGUCUUUAGUCUCCAACUUCACAUGUCUUGUCGGGACACUCUAUAUAUUUUAUUUGUUGUCGAAAUUUCUAAUGUGGGUUUUUGAGGUGCUCAAGACAACAUUUUUUGGAGGACACUUUGAUAUCACACGUUUUGGUGAAUGGGCAGUGGUUACUGGUUGUACAGACGGCAUUGGAAAGUCAUAUGCCAAACAGUUGGCUGCCAAAGGUCUGAAUAUCAUAUUGAUGAGCCGAAGUAAGGAAAAACUUACCAGUGUUGCUGCUGAACUUGAAAAUGAUUACAAAGUGAAAACAAUGAUAAUUCAAGUCGACUUCUCCGGGGGUCAUGAGAUAUAUGAGCCAAUUGCAGAAAAACUGGAGGGCUUUGAAAUAGGUGUUAUAGUAAACAAUGUUGGUGUCGCUGUUCCUUCUAUUAGUUACCUCCACGAAUUUUCAAAUGAAGUUUUGUGGAAACAGAUCAAUGUGAAUGUAAUGUCUGCUGUCAUGAUAACAAGAUUACUUAUUCCUGCAAUGGUUGAAAGGAAAAAAGGAGUAAUUAUAAACAUAUCCUCCUGUGUCGCAGUUCGACCAUUCCCUCUUCGUGCAGCAUACUCUGGCACAAAGGCUUUUCUGGACAAAUUUUCUAAAAGUCUUCAAAUAGAAUAUGGUGACAAAGGUAUCGUUAUCCAGAGUGUAUUGCCAUUCUAUGUCGCCACUAACAUGACUGGUAUGAAACCAGGACUAUUUUCCCCAGCUCCAGACGACUACGUACGUGCUGUGCUGAAAAAGGUCGGAAUUUCUUCAAGAUGUUUUGGUUAUUGGCCUCACGAGUUACAGGCGGUUGUAAUGAAUUGGCCGAUUUCUAACUGGUUAAUUCAUAAAUUUAUAAUGAAAUUUUUAUUGAAACGUGUACGACUGGAAGAUGCAAAGAAGAAGUCCUAGCUUAUAAUAUGUAUACGUAGUUUUGUUUCAUUAAUUAAAACGAAAUUCCUCCUUGUUGUAGCCAGGGACCCGGGUUGUAUCAAGCCCGUUUAGCUUAAA